AUGGCACAAGGCGGGUAUCCUGGCCUGCCUCCAGGGCAGAUAAUCGAGACCAACAAUACCCUGACGCAUCCAAAGGGGCCCGAGUACCAAUUGGUGGUAGGAGAAGGUACAUACGUGCUUCGCGACGAACUGCACCUGGCUACGCCGCCCCCUCAUCCCUCCGAAGCGCCUGUCCACAACCCGAACCCUCUUGCGACCACCGUGAGCCCACCCACAUGCGGCACCAAGCUUUCUUUGGUGGCUCUCGCGCCCCGUCAGCCCUCGACUUCACAGCUGUACCGGUUCGGCACACGCAACAGUACUCGGUCGCAAGUUCCCCCAAGCAUACAGGAAUCGCCGCACGAAUCGCAUAGCCAGGCCAGCGAUACGGGCUCGCAGGGUGUCAACGGCGUUGCCUCGUCCCCACUUGAGGGCUUGCAUACACCCGUCUUUGGCGAGGGCAAUGCGGCGCUGGCUGUGGUCAAUGGGAAAGACUCCAAGGACCCUCUUAAGAAGCGGAAACCCAAGAGCAACAUUGUUAAGAGCAAUUCGUCAUUCGUGUCGCGCGUGAUUCCCCAUGAGGCCUUGUCAAAGCGACUGCAGGAGCAUAAUCCGAAUGGACAUUACGCUUUCGCGAACAUCAAUCGUGCUCUGCAGUGGCUAGAUCUGACCUCGCCCACAAAGGAAGAGCACAUGACCAAGAUUCUGUUCACCAAGGCACAUGCUCUGUGUCACGACAUAAACCAGAUUACAAAAGGACCAAACCAUCUCGAUAUCGUCAUGGGCUUUUCCACUGGCGAUAUAAUAUGGUACGAACCCAUGUCGCAGAAGUACUCUCGAAUCAACAAAAACGGGGUAAUCAACCCCACGCCCGUGUCCGAAGUUCGAUGGUUGCCCAACAGCGAGAACCUUUUCCUCGCGGCGCACAUGGAUGGGGGUCUUGUCGUGUAUGACAAGGAGAAAGAGGAUGCUGUAUUUGUUGCAGAGGACCAGUCAACGAGUGCAGAAGACGUCAUGUCCGAUGCUGGCAAGAAAGCCCAUCUUACCGUCAAAAAAUCGGUCAACUCCAAAAACCAGAAGGCGAACCCAGUAUCUUGCUGGCAAAUCUCGAGUUCCAAAAUCAACGCAUUUGAGUUCUCGCCGGAUCGCCGACACCUCGCCGUUGUAUCCGAGGACGGUUCAUUCCGGAUCAUCGAUUUCUUGGAGGAGAAGUAA